CUCCUUAGAAAUAGAUGUUCAGGCGGCGGAGAGAGAGAGACUGCGGGGAGAUGAACCACGCUGCAGGUCCCGGAGCUGCAGAAGAGCCGUCCUCCUCCUCCUCCUCCUCCUCCUCUUCCUCCUCUUCCUCCUGCUGCUGCUGCUGCUGCACCUCCGCUGGGCUCCUACUCUCUCAGCGGGACAUCACACAGCGUCCGGGAUCAUGUUGUUUUCUCAGAGGGCUGCGUUAUUAUCGCCUCAUUGGGUCGCUGCUGAGUGAAAGAGAAAGUCCACACUGGAUCUGAGGAAGUUUUUUCUUCUUUAAAAAAAAAAAACAUAUUUGAAUGCUUUUUUAGUUUUCUGUCAGGAUACCUCCAUCAAACCUUCAGGCUCAGCUUCCCUCCUCGCAGACUGUGGAUCAUCGCAGCGUCGUGGAGAAAUGCUGCUUUUACUUGUGAUCUGUCUGGCUGCGUUGCCCGACGCAGGUGCUUUGGUGGAGGUAUUUCGAGCAGGCGUGGCCCCCCGCUGCGAGAGCCGGGCCUGCAACCCCCGCAUGGGGAACCUCGCCCUGGGCCGGCGGGUCCUGACACAAUCCGUCUGCGGGAACAACGGGACCGAGCUCUACUGCUCCUACGCCGACCCCAACGCCAACCUGGCCUGUGGCGCCCCCAAAUGCUCCAAAUGCAACGCCGCCCUGCCCCUCCUGUCCCACCUGGCCGGCGCCAUGUCCGACUCCUCCUUCCGCCACCCCAACACCUGGUGGCAAUCUGCGGAGGGCGCGGAGUCCGAGACGGUCCAGCUGGACCUGGAGACGGAGUUUUACUUCACGCAUCUCAUCCUCGUGUUUCGCUCCCCCCGGCCUGCUGCCAUGACCCUGGAGCGCUCGCAGGACUUUGGGCGAACGUGGGAGAUGUUGCAGUACUACGCCAGUAACUGCAGCGCCACCUUUGGACUGGAGGAGGGAAAGCCAGGAGGGGUCCGGAACGAGGCCGGCUGCACCUCCAAGUACUCGGGAGCUUAUCCCUGCAGCCGAGGGGAGGUGAUAUAUCGAACCCUCCCAAAGUGGCAGUUGCUGGAUCCCUUUGGGUUGGAGGGCCAGCAGCAGCUGAAGGUGACCAACAUCCGGAUCCGGCUGUUAAAGCACCAGCAGUGCCCCUGCCAGGCCAAAGCUCUGGCCUCCAAAAGCAAAGCGCUUCCCGCGCGACACUUUGCCAUCUAUGACCUGAUCGUGAAAGGAAGCUGCUUCUGUAACGGCCACGCCGAGCAGUGCGUGCCCGCGCCUAAAUACCAGCCGACCAGAGACCGGACCAACCAUGUGGUUCAUGGGAAAUGUGUGUGCAGACACAACACUGCAGGCGAUCACUGCGAGCGCUGCGCUCCUCUUUACAACGACCGACCCUGGCAGCCCGCCGACGGACUGACGGGAGCCCCGCACGAAUGUCGUAAGUGCAAGUGUAAUGGACACGCUCAAAGCUGCCAUUUCGACUGGACGGCAUGGCGCGACAGUGGCCAGAGAAGCGGCGGUGUCUGUGACUGUCUGCACAACACUGAAGGGCGUCAGUGUGAGCGAUGCAAAGCUGGCUUCUACAGAGACCCACAGGGGCCUCACACGGCUCCAGACUCAUGCAAACAAUGCAGCUGUCACCCGACGGGCUCCAUGCCGUUUCACGCUACCGACGGCUCUCUGUGCGACCCUUCCAACGGAAACUGCAUUUGCAAACCUGGAGUCGGCGGAGCGCAGUGCGACAGGUGCAUGGUGGGAUACUGGGGUCUUCAUGAGUAUGGCUGCCGCCCAUGCGACUGUGCAGGAGACUGCGACCCGGUCACCGGGGACUGCAUGUAUGGCUCCGAUCUGGAACUGUACAACCUGGACGGCAACACCAGUGACCCCGUCAGGAUCUUCAGCCCACAUGAGCUGUUCUCUGCUUUCCACUACUCAGAGAAGUGCGAGUGCAAGGAGCAAACGCUGACCAAUAGUAAACUCUUCUGCACCAUGAACUACGCAUACGUGCUAAAGGUGAAAGUGCUGACGGCCCACGAUAAAGGCUCCCACGCUGAGGUGGAGGCCAAAGUUCAGAAGGUCCUCAGCCACAACACCAAGCUAAAGAUCCAGAGAGGUCGGGUCACGCUUUACCCUGAAUCCUGGACGACCCGGGGCUGCACCUGCCCCAUCCUUAACCCAGGCGUGCAGUACCUGGUGGCGGGUCACUUGGACCGUAAGCAGGAUCGGCUCCUGGUCAACAUGAAGAGCUUCGUCAAGCCGUGGAAGGCCAGUCUGGGUCGUAAAGUCCUCGCACUGCUGAAGAAAUCCUGCAACUGGUAGACGGAGACGGAGCUGAUGAGACGGAUGGUUUCUACUUUUCUGCUCUCGCUGUGGGAGCGAGAGGUUUUGAGGGACUGAACUGCGGCGACUGAAUCCCUCCACCACUGCUGGGAGGUAUUUUAGAAAGAAAUGUCUCUCUUGCACCUGUGCAAACUUCCUCUCGCAUGACUACGUUCGAGCACGGGGGCGGAUUUCACAAGAAACGCAGAACCGCUCUUCCUCCUCUGCAGCACUUUAGCCUAAGAUGGACCACGCCAACACGGACGCACUAAAAUAACUAAAUAAUACGGAGGAAUGGACUCGGAUUUCCUGAAGUGGACGGUGGAUGUGUAGACGCUGUGUGCAGAAACACACCGACACGCUGACUAAGCCAUACAAGCCGCUACGGGUGGUUCAAUCGUGGGCGAUCGGUCCGGGCGUGCCUGUGAUUUCAGAGCAAAUGGGUUUCACCUGAACCUGAAUGUAUCCCCCCGGCCCCCCCCCCGGCCCCCCCAGGCCCCCCCACGACUGCGGCUGAACGGGGCACAGUUCAGAUUCGGUCCGGCUCUGAAGCUUCUCUCUUGGUUCUAAACCAUCCGAUGUUUGCCUCACAGCAUAAUGUGAUUUGUUUUAUAUUACCGCCCGUUUGGACUUUAAAAGUUCGUAUUCUGUCCUGCUUUGUGCCCAUGUACAGUAUUAUUUGUAUAUAUCUAAAUAUUGUCGCUUACCUCUGUUUUUGUUUUUUGUUUUUUUUUUGUUUAUGGUAAUAUUAAAGGAGAAAUUCAGCCUAA